AAAAAGUUGAGACCCCCCGUACUGUGGUGGAGACGGGAAUCGACUGCCAAAAACCGACACCCAUGGUACGCUUCUCUGAACGACAGCUCAUUCUCAGUGAACUACAUGAGGUCAUGAUCAUUUUGUCGCUAUCCAACCUGCAUGGACAUUGUAUUUCAGCAACUUCUGGUGGCUUACCUUGCCCUCUCGCCGGCCAUGGUGGUCCCCACAUCACUCUCCUUGGCGACACUGCUGGUGGCAAUCAUGGCGGCCUUCUUGUGAGUGGGUUUGGCAGCGGUCCUUGUGGCGGACCAUUUGGUGGCGAUCCUAGUGGUGCUGGUUAUUGUGGCAGUGACGGUGGUCCUUGUGUCUGUGAUGGCUGUCCUUGUGACGGUUGUUCUGGCGAUCCUUGUGGUGUUCCUCCCAGUGGUGGCCCUCCUCGUGACGCUCAUUCUCUCGGUGGUCCGUUUGGUCUGUGUCCAUAUGGCGGUGCCGAUGGUGCCCCCAAAAUUUAUGAAGUCCCCAAUGGAUUCAUGAAUGGUUCAACCGCCGAAACCUCCGGUAGCGCAAUCGACGAAGUGCCGUACUGUGGUUGUCUGUGCACGUCGUUUGUAAGUGCUAAUCAACUGGUUUGCCAAUUGUUCCAUGCAUUGGUCAACUCCCGCUACCUGUCCAAUCGACUGUACAAUGUUCCAAAGCGCAAGUCGCCAGUCGAUUUUAUUUGUGGGUUGGACGACAAGCGGUUCAAACAAGAAGUUCGCCUGCCGCGGCACAUGUUCUACUUCUUGGUGGAGCAGAUACGACAUGAUGGUGUGUUUCAAUCGAAGAGCAACAAUUUCCAAGCUGCGGUGGAGGAUCAAUUAAUUGUCUUCCUAUCCAAACUCGGCCGUUAUGGAAAUGGUGGUUGUGUCGGGGUCCUUGCUCGCUACUUUGGUGUGUCCGAGGGCUGUGUUCAGUCGUACUUUAUCCGAUGCAUGGUGGCGAUAUUGUCUCUUGAGAAGUGUGUUGUGUACUGGCCAAAUGACGAUGACCGCCGACAAAUCAGUAGACGCGUACACCUUAACUCCCGCUUUCAAAACUCCGCUGGAUUUGUCGACGAAACAUUGUUCCCCGUUUAUGCCAAGCCGUCCAAGGAUGGUGAGGAUUACUACUCCAGAAAGGGUUACUAUGGAAUGGCCGGCAUGAUUGUCUGCGAUGACCAACGGCGGAUCACGUACCUUGACCUUGGCUGGCCUGGAUGUGCAAACGACAAGCGUGUGUGGAACAAUUGCAACCUCGCGCUGAACUCGACCAAGUACUUCAACCCAAAUGAGUACUUGAUGUCCGAUAAUGGCUACACUAAUCAGCAGCAUAUCAUGGCAGCGUACACUCGCACCCGUGGCUCUGGGCUCACCGAGCAGCAAAUGCUGUUCAACAAGCUGGUUGCGAAGUGUCGUUACGUCAAUGAGCAUUGCAUUGGCCUACUCAAAGGCCGUUUUCAGUCGUUGCGCGGCAUGCGAGUUGACCUCUCUACUUCUCGGGGGGCAAAAAUAAUGAUGCUCACGAUUCGUUGCGCGGCCAUUUUGCACAACUUAUUGUUGCAAGACCUUGAUGACAAUUGGGACACUGAGUUGCACGACUAUGAUGCUACUGCUGACGGGGAUGAUGUGUACCAAAACAGCAAUGCCCUUGCAAACACCGUCAGUCCUGCCAGUCUGCGUGACAUGUACGCUCGCCACUUUUGGAGCGAAUCGGUUGGUGAUAUGUAGAUAUGAGUGUAAAUCAAGGG